AUGACGCUGAGUAGGAUCUCCCUCACGCUGAUCAGCAUUGCGUAUGGGCUGGUGGUCUUGAUCGGCGUGACCGUCAACACGCUGCGCAGGGGUCGUGCUCAUGAUCGCUCUUUCAGCAUCAGACGCGUUGUUGGGCAGAUGGACGACUGGCAACGACUGCAAUUGGGCAUAUCGACACUGGACAUCGUCCUGCUUCUGGCUGUCUCUCCGCUGUUCUUCAUCCAUGCGCAUCGGUAUCUAGCAGAACGGGAGGCAAUCUGGGACAUAGCCUUCGGAUCUCCGCUGCAGACGUUUGCGAUGACGAUAGCCUUACUGGUCCGACCGGCGACGUUCGCCGCCCUUGCUACGAGACUCCAUAUCAAGGGGCGAUCUCGCGAGGCCUUCCGAGUCGCAUGUGCAGCGAUAAUAGGGGUCUUCGUGCUCAAGAUAGGCGUGGUCACUGCGCUGAGCUGCUGGUUUCUUCGUCAUGACUCGGCUACCUGUGCGGCGGUCUCCGCCGUCAGAUACAUCGUCAUCGCGACGCAGAUCGCUUUCGCCCUCCUUGCGACCACGGCCCUCGUUCUCUAUACAAAGACAUCCAGGUCGGCUACCAGCGUUCACCCUCCGUACCAUCGCAGUCGCCCAUCCACCGUAUCAGCUCGCGCACCGAGCCUGUCGCUCCUCAUUCACACCCAGCCGGACCCUUGGACUCGUCACAUAAAUCUCGACCUCCGCGCACAACCGGAUUUCGGUCCGACCCCUCACCCCGUUCAACAGCGGAAUCAUACGACACCACUCGAUUACGCUUCUCAGAUAAUGCAAGGCAUGGUCGGCGACACGAGGGGUUCGGGCAGAACGACCGACGCAGCGACGACGACCCUAGGCUACGGCUCGGCCGUGGCUAGCUCCACCAACCCGUACCAAGUUGGGUCGACGUACUCGCUCACCUCUGGCCAAGCCUUGGGGGGCUAUCCUCCUUCCAACCGGAUCGACCACGAUACAUCGAGUGGAGGACAGAUAUCCGAACUUCGAGAUUCGACGAGCAAGUCCUCGGCUCCUGCUACGACCGUGUCGACGAGAACCCCCUCUCCUGGGUGGUUCGAUGUUACGAACCGCUCGCAAUCAGACCUGGGUCGGUCCGCUACGGAGGACCGGCUGAUCCGACCCUCGCCAAUUCAGCAUGAUCCUUCGCCCCGUGACAGAGCAACGCAUUGGAUUCGGUUCGUCACUUGCCUCGUAUCGAUCUGGUGCCCGGUUGCGCUCUGUACGCGAGCUCUGCUGGUCACUCCGGAGAACGGGCAGGCGUUCAGCCUGUUGGCCUCUUUCGUCGUUCCCUCGUCGGUGCUGCUGCUGCAGGAACUCGCGUUGGGCUGCCUCAAGCUGACGCGACGUGCUCAAAGGCGAAGUGCGGACUCCACACCAGCGAUCGAAUCACAGAACGAUCGUGAGAACGACGCAAGCUCCAUACGCCUGUCAACCGCGUCGUCGGCCGUCGUCAUCCACACCACUCCUGACAGCCCAUCCUCCAUCCACAGCCAUCGACCUCCCUUUCGCUCGCGAUCCUGCCCACUUCCUUCCGACUUCAACGGUUACAGAGACUCGUUCCUCGACGACGCAGGAAGAGGAGGCUUGCUGGCGAAACAGCGCUCGAGUCUGUCCUCGGCAAAAAGCGUGCCGUAUCUGCGGCAGCACUGGGCGGCGGGCAAGGUGAACGGCGAUCGUGUCGUCGCUCCUCGCAGCAGCUUUGUGCGCGGGCUCAAUCUCGUUUUGAAUCCGAGACCCAAGUUGGAGGUUCUGCCGAGUUACCAUACCAUGCAGAUGCGAGAGGAGGAUGAGGGGCGCCGCGGGUCGCAUCUUCCUCCCGCUGUGGCGUCCGCAGUCGUUCGAGGACUGCUUGAGGUACCGCGACAGGGUUGUUUGACGGCAGACAGCGAGCGGACGUGCUUCAUGCAGGAUCGAUCGGAGGACAGAGGGCACUCUUCCGCGUCCAUGGCGAGUCUGCAUAUGCCAGAGAACGAACCUACCAGUGUGGACCUGUCCUACCAGCAUUCGGAUCGCUCGAGGCAACCAGUGGCCGAACUUUCUACCGACAUCCCUCACAUGAACGACAGCCCAGGAAGCGCGAGACACGACCCCGACCUGUCCCCCAUCAACGAGAACAUCGGCCUACAAUCGCCAACGAAGCGUCAGCCUAUCCCGACCGCUGCAUUUCACAGCACCCCCAUUGGAGCAGGCUCGACAGCAUCGCCGAGCUUUUCCCACCAAGACUCGCACGAGACCAGCCAUGGCGCAUCGAGACUGUUUUCCGAGAUCAUGGAGAUGGUGCGUUGGGAUGGCAGAGCCGCCAGUCAUCGUAGCGGUUUUGUGCCAGGUCUCAGGCGUACGCCGCCGCGAGGAUAUGCUUCUAUUGAUGGCGGGCGGGACACCAGCAUGUCCCGUUCGGGGGAUGAGGGCGAGACGAUCAUCAUUCAUUCCAUCGAAUCGAGUGGGGAGUAUCCAGCGGCUGGCUCGCGCAAUUCUGGCUUGCACGGCAUAGCGCAAACGUCGGUGGCCUCGUCGAACCAUGUGACCGCUGAUCCUCUCGAUCAGAAACAAAGGGUGGAAGUGGGCUGUUCAAGCCAGGACCACGGCUCCCAAAGCUGUCACGCGCAGCUAGGGCAUGCUCGCUCAGGAUCCGCCUCGAGUAUGCUCUCCUUUUCAAGCAUCUCGUCUCGCUUUCGCGCCCUCGGUCGGGCAACCUCUCUAGGCGCUAGCACUCCCUCCGCAUCUCCCAAGGCAGACAAUUCCCCUCGCGUCAGAAGAUUGCGUAGCAGAACCUUCGCCUCGGCCUUCGGCAUCGAAUUGAACCUGCUUCGUCGAAACGGCUCUCGGACGUCGAAAGUGGACAGCUCACCUUCGACCAGCUCGGGAGGCUGUGCUUCCUCUCUGAUGGACCUGAGCUUUUCGCCUUCUCCCGCGCAAUCUCGUCAAGCUGCGGGUCGUCAAGGUGAUCUGCAGGGCACACCGUCGCCAGCGGCGAUCUUGGACUACAGCGCUGAGAGGGGCGACAAAGGGCGGCACAGAAGGGAGCUGUCACGCGCCGAUUCGAUCUUGGACCUGCUCGACGCCGAACACAGCGACAAGAUCGAGGAGAUGCUGGAGACUGUCGAUGUCGCACCGGAUGCACUUCACAUGGACGAGCGCAGCGAUGCAGCAGGCAGGCUGAUGGAAGAGGCGAACCCCGAUCAGCACCGUCAUCGAUCAGAGCUACUCGAACGACGGGCGGAAGAGAGCGAUCUGUGCGAUGUCGAUCUGGGCGACGUCACCGUCAACGAUGUCUGGCAUCAAUUUUCCGAGCCGGACUGCAAGCUCGACGAUGGUUCGCUGUCGACUUCAAGUAUCCGACACGAGGCCAGCGAUCCGGCGGAGGACGACAUGUUCGAUUUGAUGGGUUGCGAUCCAAGGAGAAUGGUUGCGCGAGCGCCCUUUCUGGACACGGUGGAGGAAGAGUCGGAAGAAGGCUUCCACCGUGACGACAAGAAUGGCAGUCAGCAGUGCCAGUUGUCUAUAACGCCGGCGCUGGAUGAGUCCGCAGGAGAAGCAUCUGCCCAAACAGAAGUCAACGGCGAUGUCUUUCACGAGCUAUCCUCGUGCUCCAACUCGACCAGCGGCAGUAAGAGCUUGUCGACUGCACAGAUCAAGUCUCAGACGCCAGUGCAUUCGGGCCAGCAAGCUGGACAAAGUCGGACCACCGAAUUGCUGAUGGAGUACGAGGCCAUGUUCCCGCACAAGACACUGUCGCAGAUCGAGGAAGUGACGGAGGCGAUCAGCACCUUACGGACGUCCGGAACGCGGACGAGCAGUGCAGCAAGCAACAGCAAGAUGGGUCUCGAAGAGGCUGGAAGUGCAACGGUCUCGAAGUCGAUCCAUCUGGGGUUGCCGCUUUCUCUCAGCUGUCGGCAGGGGGCGCAUGUCGGAGACGAGCUUCUGGACGAGUCGACAAUGUCGGCAGGCACAGUUGAACUCGACGACCAGAGUCCAAAGCAGCAGUCGGAAGGUAGGCAGCUACCGUUUGUCACGCCUCGAAGUCGGACGAGGUGUCGAGCUGCAGCUGGACGCAGAGCAGACCAUCCCGACGAGACAGCAGAUCAAGACGGCCGAGCCCUUCCAAGAGAGCCAGCGGACUGCAUGCCAUCGCCUGGCUCGACGGGCGUGCGACUGAGUCAGCUAGGCAUGGAUCGCGGUAUCUGGAUGCAGUCGCCGCUUCGACUUCCGCUCGACGACUCUACAGCCAGUGCAGCUGGCCAAGAUGCGGGAAAGGAGGAUAGCUUCCAGAUGGUCGAGGCCUCGCCUAGAGACGGAGGUGGACGAGGUGCCAGGCUGAGGAGGAGUCUGACGCUGACGAAGGGCAAGAUGAGCUUGGACUCCAAAGCUUCGAUGAGGAAGCUGGUGCGUCUCGAACAUCGCGACUCGCCCAAGCGCGAAUACAGGAAUCGGCUGGCAAAGGGGUCGCCCAGCAAGCCGUUCACUAGUGGCUUGGCACCCAGCAGCCCAGCUCGCAGUACCGUCAAUCCAGUCGAAAAGAGACUGUCGCACAAGCCCGUUAAGAAGCGGCGCAAGAGCCGAUUGAAAGGCGUAGCCGUGAUGGUGGGACGACAUCAAUUCACGGUGGUGGACGAGGACGAUUCGCUCGUCCAACGCUUCGGUGCUGCUCAGAUCAACACUUCCUAG